AUGAUCUCCCUUCCUCCCCCUUGUCUCUCUCUGACUCUCUCAUUCUCUUUCUCUCUCUCACUCUCUCUCUCUCUUUUUCUCUCCUCUCUCUUUCUCUCUAACACGUGCACAUAUCUACUUACAAACUGUCGUUUUUUUCACUCCAACUUUAUUUUCAACUUAAAUUUCUUUUCACAGAUCAAACAUUUCAUUGAUCAACACAGCACUUGUCAAAUUGUUUUGGCAAAUAUCUAUCUGUAUAUCUCAGUUUUUUUUCCAUUUCUUUCUUUAUUUCUAUCUAUCUAUCUAUCUAUCUAUCUAUCUAUCUAUCUAUCUAUCUAUCUAUCUAUCUAUUUCAUUUUGUGCAUUAUCUAUCUAUCUAUCUAUCUCAUUCUAUCCAUUAUCUAUCUAUCCAUCCAUCUAUCUAACUUUCUGUCUAACUUUCUAUCUAUCUAUAUAUCUCAUUUUGUGCAUUAUCUAUCUAUCUAUCUAUCUAAUUCUAUCCAUUAUCUAUCUAUCUAUCUAUCUAUCUAUCUAUCUAUCUAUCUAUCUAUCUAUCUAUUUCAUUUUGCGCAUUAUCUAUCUAUCUAUCUAUCUAUCUCAUUCUAUCCAUUAUCUAUCUAUCCAUCCAUCUAUCUAACUUUCUGUCUAACUUUCUAUCUAUCUAUAUAUCUCAUUUUGUGCAUUAUCUAUCUAUCUAUCUAUCUAUCUAUCUAUCUAUCUAUCUAUCUAUCUAUCUAUCUAAUUCUAUCCAUUAUCUAUCCAUUAUCUAUCUAUCUAUCUAUCUAUCUAUCUAUCUCAUUUUGUGCAUUAUCUAUCUAUCUAUCUAUCUAUCUAUCUCAUUUUGUGCAUUAUCUAUCUAUCUAUCUAUCUAUCUAUCUAUCUAUCUAUCUAUCUAUCUCAUUCUAUCCAUUAUCUAUCUAA